GCCGCCAGUUAAGUUAGUACUUAUUAUUUAGUAGCAGCAAAAAACAAUAAUAGUAGUAGUCUAAUAAAUGGUUAGUGCAGUUAGCACUUAGCAAUAACAAUUGCUAAAAAUCAGUUAUUAAUCUAUAAGGUAAGGUAACUCUAUCGUUUAGGUUAUACAUACUAUAUAGGAUUAAAUGAUAUACAAAUCGAGGCAGUAUCUAAAUGUUUUAUAAAAGUAUUUCCAGCACACAAAAACCGUAUUUCCAUUGUAUUAGACAUGUCGAGUGUUGGAAUUUGGAAAUACGUUAGCAUAUAAAACAUAAUACAUUUUAUUACAACAUAUUUUUUUUUGUCAAAUAUAAAUUGGUAAAUUAGUUUUAAUUUUUGCGCGUAAAGUGUAUCACAUCCCCCUGGUUAAACACUAUUCCAUCCAUAAUAUUUCAGACAGGAAAAUACUUAUGUAAGAAACAUGAAUUAAGAUAUACUUUAUCCGUGGUCAGAAAAGAUGUAAAGAAUAUUAUCACUAAUGUUAUAUGUCUUGCCUUAAAUCAAUUAGGUAUCCACAAAAGUUUAAAAUGUCUAUUUCCAAUAAAAAAAAGUGUUUUUUGUGUUCAAAAAUCAUCAGCAAAAGUUCUAGUACAGCUUUACAUGAGUAAGUAUUAAUUUAAACUUCAGAUUUUUUUUUUUUAAAUUUGAUAUGUUGAUUUGUCUGAAAAUAUUCAAAUGUUUUAUUGUCAAUUACCCAUGUUACCAACAGUUAUGUAUAUUUUUUGUUUAAGUUUUCCAUUAGAUAUUGAAACCCGCUCUUUGUGGCUUAAAGCAUGUGCUAUAAGUGAUAAAGAAUAUUCACCAAGUGUAUUGAUUUGUUCUAAGCAUUUUGAAAAAGAUUCUUUUCAAUCAUUUAGUAUGAGAAUAUUGAAGUCUAAUGCAAUUCCUACUAAGUUUACAAAAAUUGCAAAAAACAUUUGGUGAGUAUCUAGUAGGUUCCAACUCAUUUUAUAUUUAUUUAAUUAUUUAAUUUUGUAAUGCUGUGCCAAUUUUUAUAAUUUAUCUACUUUAUACGUUGUUUUUUUUUUAGCCAAUUACAGACUAACGAUGAAAAAUGUAUUGCAAAUAUACAAUGCGAAAAAGGAAACUGCAACCAAAGCCAUUAUACUUCAAUAAGUACAAGCAUAUUUGAUUUAGUUUAUUAUAAUAAUCUAUGUAUUUCCAUUUCAUUUCUUUGAUCUUUUAAUAACAUGCAAUUAUUAUUUUUAUGAGCAGUACCAGUCAAUUAAAAAGUUUAAUUUUUGAAUGAAAUAUCUAACAAAUUAAAUAUAAAUUUAUUUCUCUAUACUACAUAUUCCUUUAACAUUUAAUACAACAAUAAGUCAGAAAACUAUUAGUUUUAUACCUAGUAUAGUUUAAACAAAUUCAAAAUUAAGUUGUGUAUAUUUUUUGUAGAUAAUGAAGCAGUAAAUGGAAAUAUUAAACAAUUUAUUGAAUCAUCUAGAGUUCCGGUUAUUUUUAAAAAUAUGUUAGACAAUUGGGAACCUUUCAAAUGGGAUUUAGAAAAAUGGAACAGUAUUUUUGAAAACCAACUUUUAGACUGUAGAAAAGGAAAAAUUACUUGCACUAAAGUAUGCUAAGAUAUUAAUACAUAAUUAAUUUAAAAUUAAUAAUAUUAAUAUUUUGUUUAUUUGUUGUCAGGAACCUUUGUGGGAAAAUAAAUGUUCUAAUGAAAGUCAUUUAUUCAGUGAAAUCUUAAAAAUGUCAAAAAAUAUUGAGAAUAAUGGUGAUUGGUUGUAUUUCGAUUAUAAAUAUAUUGGAGAAAAUGUAGAUGAAAAAAUAUUCCAAGUUAGUUGCUUUACAUACUUACAAAAAAAUAAUGUUGCAUUAAUAUUUUUAUUUUAGUCUAUAACGUGGGAAAAACUCGGUUAUGAAAAUUUAGGUGCCAAAGAUUCAACAUUGUGGAUUGGAAGUACUGGAGCUCAUACACCAUGUCACCAAGAUCUGUAUGGUGUUAAUUUGGUGGCCCAAGUUUGUGGAAUGUAAGUUAAUAAUUAUUAAUAAAAUACAAUAAUAAAUUAAAAAAAAAAAAAUGUUUUGAUAGAAAACGUUGGAUUUUAAUGCCACCUGAAAUGGGAAAAUAUUUAAAGCCAUCUAGAGUACCAUAUGAAGAAUCAAGUUGUUAUAGCAGAAUUAACUUUUCGUGUCCAGACAAUCUUAUUGGUAAAUUAUAAUUUUACGUAACUACUUAGUAAUAAAUAUUUUAAAAUAUAUUGUUUAUCAGAAAUAGCAAAACAUUUCAGUAGUAGUUGUAGUACUUGUGUAUCAAAAUAUAAUAAAAAAUUUUUUGGUUUCCAAGUGUAGCAAAUGAUCUAUUGAUUUUACUAUGAUGUGUGUUUUUGUAUUUUUUUUUGUGUGUGUCUUAAACAACACAUAUUUCGGCCUUUUAAAACAUGUAUAACCGAAUUUUACUCCAAAUUGUUUUUUGUUAGCAAUUAUUUAUCAUUGCUUACAAAUAUAAAUUAAAUAACUUAAUGUAUUCUAUCUUCCUAACUUCUCACUUAUGACAGUGGUACUCCCAUUCUCAGUAUUUUUUUUUUUUUAUAUUGGUUAUAAAUUAGUUUCUGAUCAAAACUUUUUUGAUAAAUCAAUCUUAGAUCCUAAUUAUAAUUGAUAGGUUUCAAUUUAAUUCUUAAUAAUACAUAUAAUACAUAAAAUUAUUCCAUACUAAUAUUUUUUCUAAGACUAUUUCUUUCUGUUAAUCACAAUAUUUAGGAUAUAAUAUAUUCUAUAUGUCCCAUAUACAUGUUAUGUAUAUAAUACAUAUACAUAUAAUGUUUGAUAUUUCACCACUCAAAUGAUGUGGAUUUAUUAAGAAUUGUAAGAUUAGUUCUAGACAAAGAAAAUGAGCAAAUUUUUCAGAAAAAAAAUUUAGUUAUAUUUUCUUAUAUUUUAUUUACAUAUCUAAAUAUUUGUUGAUUUGAUGUGAGACUGAUUAUCUUUAAAGUUUGAUUUAUAAAAAGUUGAAUAAAAAUUAUGAAUUUAUUAAAUAUUAAUAAUAUGUAACACUGGAAUUAUGUGUGUGCGUGUGUCAUAGAAUUGCCCCAUCCCUGUUCUAUAUUAUAAUUUUAAUUUUUCAGAUAUUGAUGAAGCUUGUAAAUGCGUGUCAAUUAUUUUAUCACCGGGCGAUGUUUUAUUUGUUCCACACAAAUGGUGGCAUUAUGUAGAAAAUCUAACUACUGCUAUUAGCAUAAAUACUUGGAUACAAACUCCGAAGUAUGACAAUGUAGCGAGGUUAAGUGAAUCUGUUGUUCGUUUAAUGGUGAGCAGUAUAUGCUCUGGCGUUUCUGAGAAAACUCAAUUACAAUUAUUAAACCCAAAUGAAGUAAUUGAUCAUAGUUAUUAUUAAAAUUAAUUAAUAAUCUAUAUAAUUUUGAAAUUAAAACUAAAUUAUGAAUAUUUCAGACAUUUUCAACAUCUAUGGCAGCAGAAUCUAUAAAGUUCAUUGAUCAAAGCAUUAAAAUGGUAAUUUUACGGAUUCCAUUCAAUUUUCUGUAAUUUUUUAAAAAAACUAAAUUUGUGUUGUUUAGAUCGAAACUGAAAAAGAAACAACAGAUUCAAUGAAACUUUCUUCGACUUCACUUUUAAAGUGUCAGUUUAAAAUGUGUCAACCAGAACAAUCUUUGUGUAAAGUGCAAUUUGAUACAAAACAUCACAGAAAUAACCAUACGUCAAGUUUAUUAGAAUCAAAUGAUACAAAUAUUGAGGAUAGUCAUAAAUUAUUAUUAGACGCUCUUUGUAAUGAAAAUGUUAUAAAUCAAAUUGUUUGUAAUUUAAUUAAUAAAGACCAGCCUGUACCAUAAUUAUUAGAUUACCUAUUUAAAUUAAGAUUAUGCCCUUACAAAAAAAAUA